UUCACCUUCGAUGCCGCCAUACUUGUAAGACCCGCAACUUCCGGUUAAAAGCGGAAGUGAGGCGACGCGCGGCCGCCAUUUUGAGUGUGGCGGAAGUUCCGUCGCCCGGGUAGUUCCCCGGUGAUUCCGAAGCGUUCCGUUAGCUUGCUGCGGUCCGGAAGUUAUUCCUUGCUCAGGCUUCUAAUAGGGCAUGACUGUGGUUGGCACCUAGAGCUCUCCUGGACGCCCUUGUACCUUGCACUAAAAGUUUUGGCGUUCACAUGCUUUCCUUCUUGAGCGAUGAUGGCCAGGCUCGAGGUUUGCACAGGAUGUCCCUUUCCACCCAUCACCUUCAGGGGCCAAGGCGACAGGCUGGGCACCACGAGCCGAGCACCGUCACCUCGGGGAGAAACCCAUCUUGUUCCACACUAGUGAUCAGUCCCCUCGCCAGUGGCCUCUCAUGAGGAACUAACCAUUCAGGGCGAUUGAGUCACAAAGCCUGAGGAGGGUUUAGGGAGUCCGCGGGGUGGGGGGAGCCGGAAGGGUCCCCACCCCAAGGCCGAGUGACGCCCGCAGUCACUUCACAAGGCAGAAAUUGUUACCCGGGCAAUAAAAGUCAUCGCGGCUGUACAGCCUUGGGAGUGGGCACAUGGGGGCACAGGGGUGCAGGUGCCAAGCACCAUGGGUUAGGCCCGAGAUCGGUGUCUGGCCGCCCCCCGACAGCAGCCACCUCCUGCUCCCCGCGCGCCCCGGGCGCCAUCAUGUCGGGCGACAAACUCCUGAGCGAACUUGGCUAUAAGCUGGGCCGCACGAUAGGUGAGGGCAGCUACUCCAAGGUGAAGGUGGCCACCUCCAAGAAGUAUAAGGGGACGGUGGCCAUCAAGGUGGUGGACCGCCGGCGAGCGCCUCCGGACUUCGUCAACAAGUUCCUGCCUCGAGAGCUGUCCAUCCUCCGGGGAGUACGGCACCCGCACAUCGUGCACGUCUUCGAGUUCAUCGAGGUGUGCAACGGGAAGCUGUACAUCGUGAUGGAGGCAGCAGCCACCGACCUGCUGCAGGCGGUGCAGCGCAACGGGCGCAUCCCGGGGUCGCAGGCGCGGGAACUCUUCUCGCAGAUCGCUGGCGCCGUGCGCUACCUGCACGACCACCACCUGGUGCACCGCGACCUCAAGUGCGAAAACGUGCUGCUAAGCCCUGACGAGCGCCGCGUCAAGCUCACGGAUUUCGGUUUCGGCCGUCAGGCGCACGGCUACCCAGACCUGAGCACCACCUACUGCGGCUCGGCCGCCUAUGCGUCACCUGAGGUGCUCCUGGGCAUCCCCUACGACCCCAAGAAAUACGACGUGUGGAGCCUGGGCGUUGUGCUCUACGUCAUGGUCACCGGGUGCAUGCCCUUCGACGACUCGGACAUUGCUGGCCUGCCUCGGCGCCAGAAGCGCGGCGUGCUCUAUCCGGACGGCCUCGAACUGUCUGAACGAUGCAAAUCUUUGAUCGGCGAGCUGCUACAGUUCAGCCCGUCCGCCCGGCCCUCGGCGGGCCAGGUGGCGCGCAAUGGCUGGCUGCGGGCCGGGGACUCCGGCUAGGAGCCGGGGUUCUCGCUGUUCCCGCCGCACCAGGCCCUGAGCCAGGGCGGCGCACGCGCGACGGGCGAGCUUCGGGAAACCCGCGAAGUCGCCACGCGCCACUGCGCACGCGCCCUGUCCCUUCCCCUUCCCCCAAGGCGGCGGCCCACAGAGGCCCCCUGUUGGAUUCUGAAUCCUCCUGCACAACCCAAUUGCUGGAGGGCGCGUGCGCACCCUCGAUUUCUGGCGAGAAGGCCCCGGGAGGGGCGCGAAGAGAAGAGAGAGAAGCAUUGCGCCUGCGUGGAAUGAGCUCCUGCUGCGCGGUGGGUGGCCCCGGCGGAGAGAAGCUGCGGGCCGGCCGUGCACGCCAAGUUCCAGGUUGGAACCUGCAAUAAAUUCGCUCUUCCUCGCAAGUGGCUUUAGCGGUGGAACCUUGUCACUGAGCAGGAGGGAGGGGAGGAUUCAGCGCUUUAGAGAAAGGCAUGUAUAUUCUAGCGUCAGACCUAAAAAGGGGGUUGGGAAGUUCGAACUCUGAUCUUUCAGGUCCCUCCCCGAACUGGAC